UCAGGAUCAAGAACAAACGUGUUCAUGAGGUUUAAAACCACAAUGAAGGAAGGUCUUCUGAUGUGGAGGGGAGACAGUCCUAUGCGACCUAACAGUGAUUUCAUUUCUCUAGGCCUUCAAGAAGGAGCAUUAAUAUUCAGCUACAAUUUGGGCAGCGGCAUUGCUUCCAUCAUGGUGAAUGGCUCUUUCAGUGACGGUCGGUGGCACAGAGUCAAGGCUGUUCGAGAUGGACAGUCUGGCAAAGUAACUGUGGAUGAUUAUGGUGCCAGGACCGGUAAAUCCCCUGGGAAGAUGAGGCAGUUAAACGUCAAUGGAGAUCUCUACGUAGGUGGCAUGAAGGAAAUAGCCCUGCACACGAACAGGCAGUACCUGCGGGGCCUGGUGGGUUGCAUCUCCCACCUCACGCUUUCCACUGAUUACCACAUCUCGCUGGUGGAGGAUGCCACCGAUGGGAAGAACAUCAAUACGUGUGGGACCAAGUGA